AUGACAGACAACGCUCCUCCGUCUGCAGAGACGCUCCUCAACGGCGCCGCUGCCCACCCUCCCAAGACCGCCGAGGAAAUCGCCAAAGAAUACGAUCUCCUACCCAAGUUGAUACCCUACCUCGACCGUCACUUGGUUUUCCCUCUCCUCGAAUUCAUCAGCGGUCAGGAUGACGACAACCUCGAGAUCACUCGCUCCAAAUAUGAACUCCUCAAGCACACGAACAUGACGGAUUAUGUCGCCAACCUGUGGCAAGAGAUCAACAACUCAGACACCAUUCCCGAAGAGUUCGUGAAGAAACGAGAGGGCGUUCUCGCCAAGUUGCAGCAAUACCAGGAAGAUAGCGAAACGAUUACUGAGCUUUUGCAGGAUGAGGCUGUUGUUGGAAACCUUCGCAGCGACAAGGUUGCCAACUUGAAGUUCUUGGAAGAACAGCAUGGUGUUACCGUCGAGAUGGUCAACACUUUGUUCGACUACGGCCGAUUCCAAUAUAGCUGCGGUAGUUACGGAAAUGCUGCAGAGUUGCUCUAUCAGUUCCGUGUCUUGUCUACAGAUAACGACAAGGUCUCGUCUGCCACAUGGGGAAAAUUCGCUUGCGAGAUUUUGACUACCAACUGGGAAGCUGCCAUGGAGGAAGUGCAGAAAGUCAAGGAUUCGAUCGAGACCCGCUUGUUCAACAACCCUCUUGGUCAACUUCAACACCGUUCCUGGUUGAUCCACUGGUCCCUUUUCCCUUACUUCAACCACGAACCCGCUCGUGACGUUCUUACCGACCUCUUCUUCUCACCUGCUUACAUCAAUACCAUCCAGACCAACUGCCCGUGGAUCCUCAGAUAUUUGGCCGCCGCCGUUAUCACCAACCGGAGCCGCGCUCACAAGAACACCAGCAUGUACCAGAAACAAUUGAAGGAUUUGAUCCGGGUUGUUCGACAGGAAGGUUACGAAUACUCAGACCCCAUCACGGACUUCAUCAAGGCUCUAUAUGUUGAGUUCGACUUUGAGGAGGCUCAGAAGAAACUUGGAGAAGCAGAGGAAGUGUUGCGCAGUGAUUUCUUCUUGGUGUCAGCUGCAGACGCCUUUGUUGACGCAGCUAGACAUUUGAUUUCUGAGAGCUACUGCAAAAUCCACCAGCGUAUUGAUAUCAAGGAUCUCUCAACCCGUCUGGGCCUUGGUCAAGAUGAAGGCGAAAAGUGGAUUGUCAACCUUAUUCGUGAUACCCGUGUUGACGCAAAGAUCGACUAUAAGGAGGGAACCGUUAUCAUGAACCACCCUCCUCAAUCAGUUUACCAACAAGUCAUUGAGAAGACCAAGGGUGCUUUCUUCAGGACUCAAGUGUUGAGUGCGGCGGUUGCAAAAUAA